GAAGGCAGCAGCUGCGUCGUCAUGAACACCGGAGCAAACAGCGGGAUUAUGGGCGCUACAGCCAUUGAUGCAUCCAGGCAUCCAAAGGUAUACGCAUUUUGACGCAGCCAAGUGUCCAAUGGAAUUAUUGCAUAUGUCCGCUUCCUUGAUUGACCAUGUCGUAGAGAAAGCGAUAUAAGUAGGCAGUCAUAUCACCAGCUAUGUCUCCAUACUUUCUCAAAUUCCCAUCCUCGACACAUCUAUCAUAUUUCUGCCAUAGUCAACAUGUCUGACUUUUUUACUCCUCCUAAGCCUAAGAGUCUCCUGGGUUUCCACCAGGUGCUAUCUCCCACCGGCGGUAUCAAGGUAUCCCCAUUAUGCUUAGGCUCCAUGAACUUUGGAACGGCUUGGGAGAGCUACAUGGGCGAAUGCAGCAAGGAAAAUUCCUUCGCAAUCAUGGAUACAUUCUUUGAAAAUGGUGGCAAUUUUAUCGAUAGCGCCAACGCCUACCACGACGGCCAAUCCGAACAAUGGAUCGGAGAAUGGAUGAAGCAACGCGGAAACCGAGACCAAAUGGUCAUCGCAACCAAAUACACAACCGGCUGCCGCCGCGCCCACGCCGCCACCGAGCCCAUCCAGUCCAACUUUGUCGGCAACUCCAUCAAAUCCAUGCACUUAUCCGUCAAACAGAGUCUCGAGAACCUUCAAACCGACUACAUCGACAUUCUCUACGUCCACUGGUGGGACUUCACCACCAGCGUGGCGGAGGUCAUGCACGGUCUCAACGCGCUCGUCCUGGCCGGGAAGGUCCUCUAUCUCGGUAUCUCGGAUACCCCGGCUUGGGUGGUAGUCAAGGCGAAUGAAUAUGCGCGCUCAAAUGGACUACGAACAUUCUCCGUCUACCAGGGUAGAUGGAGCGCGGCGGUCCGAGAUGUAGAGAGUGAGAUUGUGCCCAUGUGUCGGGAUCAGGGGUUGGCAAUUGCCCCAUUUGCGUCCCUGGGUCAGGGACGAUUUCGGUCUGCGGAACAACGGCAGGAAGAAUAUAAGGGUUCUGCACGGGGAGCGGUGCAGACGGAGGCGGAUAUUAAGAUCUCCGAUGCGUUGGAGGAGAUUGCUAAGCGGAGGGGGACUACCAUUCAUGCUAUUGCCCUCGCAUGGAUCCGCUUCAAAACACCCUACGUCUUCCCUAUCAUCGGACAACGUAAAGUCGAGCAUCUGAAGGCUAACAUCGAAGCACUGAAGAUCGAUCUGUCGAAGGAGGAGAUGGAUGAGAUUGACAACGCCACUGCAUUUGAUCCCGGCUUCCCAAUGAACUUCAUUCUUGGUGAUAGGUUCAGUACCUCGUUCACCGCGGCGGAUGUUUCGGCGACGAGAUGGACCGCUUAUAUCGAUGCUCCUACUCCGGCAAUGCCGGUGAGACCGCGGAAGGAUUUCUAGGUCGAUGAGAUGGUCUGCAUAUAGUUCGUCGUAUAGUUAAAUUGAUAUAAAUUGAAUUUGGAAUGUGG